ACCUCACAGAGGAGACUGAGUGCCUCAUUUCUGAAGUGAGACUAGGAAGAGAAGAUGAACAAUUGCCUGGAUUAUCUCGCCUACCCUGUAAUCGUCUCUAAUCACAGGCAGAGCACGACCUUCAGGAAGAAACUGGACUUUGGCCACUACAUAUUUCACAAGAAUAGGAUACAAAUAGUGAAGCCUACUGUCGAUACCAAACCUCCGGUGGCACACACGCAUCACAUUUUAAAACUGAGCAAACUACAGGGUGAACAAAAGCGAAUCGACAAAAUCGAAUAUGAAAACAAGCAACUGUGUCAGAAAAUCGCAAACGCCCAUCGCGGCCCUGCCAGGGUGGAUUGUUGGAACGAAUAUUUUUCCAAGAGCUUGAACAGAGAAACAAGAAACCGGGAGCUAGUGAGAAUCACCGUGGAAAACCAGGGCAUUCUGAAGAGGCUUGGCGAUCGAAAACCGCACUAUGACCGCAGAUCAUCCGAGAUAGAUUGGCAGAAUUCAAGGCGCUAUAUCAGAAAUACAACAAAAUAUCUUCUCUCCCGAGAUGAAUAGGUUACUCACAGUGGAAAAGAUACAAGAGAAAGCCCUAGGAUUUCUUAGCUACUUAGACUCUCAAAACACUCCUAAGUGGCUGAAUGCUCAAUCCUAGGAUGCUACAAUAAAGCUUGGAACAUAAAAUGAGUAAGUUACAUUUAAGGUACCUGAAGGCUUUAAGUCCCAUCCCAAAAUGGAGACAGUGGGGCAGGCAGAAGGAAGGAUACAACCAUUUUUAUUUGGGGCUAUGAAAAGAAGUGUCUAUGAGAGAGAAAGCAAGAGAAGCAUACGCCAUCACCACCAUCGUAGAGGGGAGGAAGGCGGGGUAAGAUGACCCAGCCACAAACACAGCUCUGUCAAAAUGGAAAACAGAAGCACGUGAUAAGAUUAAGGUCCUGACAACACAGAGAACAAAUGCCAUUUCUCUGUGAAUACACAGAAUUGGAAAAGAAUGCUUCAUUGAA